AUGAAUCCGGAAGAAGGUUGCAAGGAGCUCGAAGAGAGCAUAUGCUGGGCAAACUCUCCUCCUGCGCCAGUCCCAGGGAUGUGCUACAUCGAGCCACAGAUAAAAAGAGACUUCACUUCGUUCGAUGGAUCUCUUGAGAAAGCUAUACCAAGACAGUUGUAUACAGAUCUUCUUGACGCCAUGGACAUAGACUUCAUGGGAAUGGUUAUAAAUCACAUUGAGGGGUCAGUCCAAAACACCAAGAACCUUGAUCAUCCAAGCGAGGUUCUUAAGGACUCCGAAAGGAGGGCCGAGGUUCUGGAAAGAGAAAGAAUAAAGGAAAGCGUGAAUAGAAUAUUCGACUAUCAAAAGUAUAUCCAAGAGUCUUUUGAAGAUGUAGAUAGCACAAUAAUCCAUCCUGUGGACAAGGACAUCCAAGUGGAGGAAACUUACAACCUCUUCCCAGGGUUUGAUGAGGAGCAUGUAAUCAUUCAGUCAGACAAUAUUGACUUUCAGAGAGUUUCCUUCAGCAUUCUAGAAGAAGAGUCCUCGCAACUGUUUAGAAGGGCUUGCAUGUCUGAUGGAAGGGCUCUUACAUGCUUACCACAGAGAGUGGACGACUUCUUGGUAUUCCAUAUAAAGAAUGGGAAUGCAUAUUACAAUGAGGUUUCCACACUUUACAGACUUCAGGAGCCCAGGAAAAAAAAAAAACAGACGGGGAAGAAGGGUAGUUGGUGGAGCAGGAGAUCAAAAAUAAGUGUGAUACAAACCCCAUGGGAUCGUCGGAUUCUGGAAACGAGUCCAAGACCAAUGAAGGUACUUUACAGGCCACGGCUUCCAAGAAAAUGCCAUUGA